AUGUCAAUGCACAGUUUAUUAUUAUUGGUACUGUUAUUAUUUCUUUGUAUGAUGUCAGUCGAUAAUUCACCAAGCCUUUCAUCAACAAGCUUCUAUGAGAGACAACAAACCAGAUUCCAUCCUGUGGAGGAAGAAAUCAGGAAGAAGCGUUCGAAGUGGAUAAAACACACAUUGAGAAAAUCACCUAACUGCGUCAUAAAACAAGCUCUCACAUGGAAUCCCGAAGGUCAAACGAGAAGGAGAAGACACAAGAACACAUUACGCGGAGAAAUAGAGACAGACAUGAGAAGAAUGAACAAAACCUGGAUAGAACUAGCAAGGAAGGUCCAGGACAGAGUGGGUCGGAGAAUGCUGGUUGGCGGCAUAUGCUUCAUUGGGAGUAACAGGC